AUGGAACAGGAAAGAAUGGAACUGGACCUGGACCUGCUGCCGACUUCGACCACCACGGACAGCAACAUCCUGAGAAGAUCCAGCAGCGAGCCUUUAAUCAGUGGUCUUGGCGAUAACUCGCAGGUGUUCCAAGCUGACACAUUAAGAACUAGAAGAAACAGUACAAGCUUUAUGAGCCAGCAAUCUCUGUUGAUGCCACCUUCUCCCUUUCAGAAUUCCAUUGGUCAACUUAAUGAAGUCAAGCAGGAAGAAAGUAUGGAUUUUCUCGAUAGAGAAGCAACUUGUGAACAGGAGAUACAAGCUUCCAUUCAGAUCAAUCAAUUUUGGGAAGAAAAUUUAAACCUGGUGAAAUGGCACCUGAAGAUAAUCCACCAAAGAGGUUUUUCCAGGGCUCAACCAACAUGUUUUCUUCUGAUCCUACCCAGUUGCCAGAUACAACUGUGUGUGUGUCCUCGGACACUCCUGAUGGAUACGACAGCAGUGCUGAAUCUUCUGAUUAGCCAACUGAAAUCAGCACUCUUAACUAUUCUCCUGUGUCACCUCCUGAUUAUCUAA